AUGGCGACGGCAAAUGAUUCAAAGGCGCCUUUGCGCCAAGUAAAAAGAGUACAGUUUGGUAUUUUAUCUCCAGAUGAGAUCCGACGUAUGUCAGUCACCGAAGGUGGCAUUCGCUUCCCCGAGACUAUGGAGGGGGGAAGGCCAAAAUUGGGAGGUCUCAUGGACCCACGACAAGGGGUGAUAGACAGAAGUUCGCGAUGUCAGACUUGUGCAGGCAACAUGACUGAGUGCCCUGGUCACUUUGGACACAUUGACUUGGCUAAACCAGUGUUUCACAUUGGUUUCAUCACAAAAACAAUAAAGAUACUAAGAUGUGUCUGUUUUUAUUGCUCAAAGCUACUUGUCAGCCCAACAAAUCCAAAAAUAAAAGAAGUUGUAAUGAAGUCAAAAGGUCAACCUCGUAAAAGACUGACAUAUGUGUAUGACUUAUGCAAAGGCAAAAAUAUUUGUGAGGGUGGAGAAGAUAUGGAUAUUGGCAAAGAAGGUGAAGAGGCCAAGAGAGGUUCUGGCCAUGGCGGUUGUGGUCACUAUCAGCCUUCAAUAAAAAGACAGGGUCUAGACCUCACUGCUGAAUGGAAACAUGUGAAUGAGGACACACAAGAAAAGAAAAUUCUCAUAACAGCUGAAAGAGUUUGGGAAAUUCUAAAACAUAUUACAGAUGAAGAAUCUUUUAUAUUAGGUAUGGACCCCAAAUUUGCAAGACCUGACUGGAUGAUAAUAACAGUGUUGCCUGUCCCACCAUUGUCUGUGAGACCAGCUGUUGUUAUGUUUGGUUCAGCCAAAAAUCAAGAUGAUUUGACACACAAAUUGGCAGAUAUCAUCAAAGCAAAUAAUGAAUUAAUGAGAAAUGAGCAAUCUGGUGCAGCUGCUCAUGUCCUUGCAGAAAAUAUCAGAAUGCUUCAGUUUCAUGUAGCUACAUUUGUAGAUAAUGACAUGCCGGGAAUGCCUAAAGCUAUGCAGAAAUCAGGUAAACCUUUAAAAGCUAUCAAAGCUCGUCUUAAAGGAAAAGAAGGCAGGAUUAGAGGAAAUCUUAUGGGAAAGCGUGUCGAUUUUUCGGCACGUACUGUCAUCACACCUGACCCAAAUUUACGUAUUGAUCAAGUAGGAGUACCAAGAUCUAUCGCACAAAAUUUAACAUUCCCAGAAUUGGUUACUCCUUUUAAUAUUGACAGAAUGCAAGAACUUGUGCGAAGAGGCAAUGCACAAUAUCCUGGCGCUAAAUACAUUGUUCGUGAUAAUGGGGAGAGAAUAGAUUUACGGUUCCAUCCAAAGCCAUCGGACUUGCAUUUACAAUAUGGAUACAAAGUUGAACGUCAUUUGCGAGAUGAUGAUUUGGUCAUAUUCAAUCGUCAGCCUACCCUUCACAAAAUGAGUAUGAUGGGUCAUAGGGUAAAAGUACUUCCAUGGUCAACAUUUCGUAUGAAUUUAAGUUGUACUUCACCAUACAACGCUGAUUUUGAUGGUGAUGAGAUGAAUUUACAUGUUCCGCAAUCUAUGGAGACAAGAGCGGAGGUUGAAAAUAUUCACAUAACGCCACGACAGAUUAUUACCCCUCAAGCAAACAAACCUGUUAUGGGUAUUGUGCAAGAUACAUUGACAGCAGUAAGGAAAAUGACUAAAAGAGAUGUAUUUCUCACAAAAGAACAAGUUAUGAACCUUCUAAUGUUCUUGCCUACAUGGGAUGGCAAAAUCCCACAACCAUGUAUUUUAAAGCCACAGCCACUCUGGACCGGUAAACAGAUAUUUACUUUAAUCAUUCCUGGACCCGUAAAUAUGAUUCGAACUCAUUCUACACAUCCUGAUGAAGAGGAUGACGGGCCAUACAAAUGGAUUUCACCUGGAGACACGAAAGUUGUUGUAGAACAUGGUGAGCUUCUUAUGGGUAUAUUGUGUAAGAAGUCACUUGGUGCCUCGGCCGGAUCUUUGCUGCAUAUUUGCAUGUUGGAGUUGGGCCAUGAAACUGCUGGCCGUUUUUACGGUAACAUUCAGACUGUGAUCAAUAACUGGCUGUUAUUGGAGGGUCACUCCAUCGGUAUUGGCGAUACUAUUGCUGAUCCCCAAACCUACCAAGAAAUUCAGCGCGCCAUUGUUAAAGCCAAAGACGAUGUCAUAGAGGUAAUUCAAAAAGCACACAACAUGGAUCUGGAACCUACGCCUGGUAACACACUGAGACAGACUUUCGAAAAUCAGGUAAAUCGUAUUCUCAACGACGCUCGUGACAAAACCGGAGGUUCAGCUAAGAAAUCUCUCACUGAGUACAAUAACCUAAAGGCUAUGGUGGUAGCGGGUUCAAAAGGAUCAAAUAUUAACAUUUCUCAGGUUAUUGCUUGUGUAGGACAACAAAACGUUGAAGGCAAACGUAUUCCAUUCGGUUUUCGUAAAAGAACGCUACCACACUUCAUCAAGGACGAUUACGGUCCUGAGUCCAGAGGUUUCGUAGAAAAUUCGUACCUUGCCGGUUUGACACCCUCUGAGUUCUAUUUCCACGCUAUGGGAGGUCGUGAGGGUCUUAUUGAUACUGCUGUAAAGACAGCUGAGACUGGCUACAUUCAACGUCGUUUGAUAAAGGCUAUGGAGUCUGUAAUGGUCCAUUAUGACGGCACGGUCCGAAACUCAGUGGGACAACUCAUUCAAUUGAGAUAUGGUGAAGACGGAUUGGCGGGAGAAACUGUAGAAUUCCAGAAUUUGCCUACAAUAAAAUUAUCAAACAAAGCUUUUGAAAAGAAAUUCAAAUUUGAUCCCUCAAAUGAGAGGUAUUUGAAGAGAAUUUUCAAUGAAGAUAUCAUCAAGGAAUUGACAGAAUCAGGCUAUGUAAUUGGCGAUCUUGAAAGUGAAUGGGAGCAGUUAUCGAAAGAUCGAGAUACCUUGCGGCAGAUUUUCCCUAGUGGCGAAUCCAAAGUGGUAUUGCCUUGCAAUUUUAAGAGAAUGAUCUGGAACGCACAAAAGACAUUCCAUAUCAAUAAGAGAAUACCAACAGAUUUGAGUCCUAUAAAGGUGAUCCAAGGUGUAAAAGAACUUCUAAAGAAGUGCGUUAUUGUAGCUGGAGACGACAGACUGUCGAAGCAAGCAAACGAAAAUGCUACACUUCUUUUCCAAUGUUUGGUACGUUCCACAUUGUGCACCAAAUUUGUCUCUGAAGAACAUAGAUUAUCGAGUGUUGCAUUUGAAUGGUUGAUUGGUGAAAUAGAAACACGAUUCCAACAAGCACAAGUAAACCCUGGCGAAAUGGUUGGCGCCUUAGCUGCUCAGUCACUUGGUGAGCCAGCUACUCAGAUGACACUGAACACUUUCCACUUUGCUGGUGUGUCCUCCAAAAACGUAACCCUUGGUGUGCCACGUCUAAAAGAAAUUAUCAAUAUUUCAAAGAAACCGAAAGCUCCAUCACUUACUGUGUUUUUGACUGGUGGUGCGGCCAGAGAUGCAGAGAAAGCCAAGAACGUUCUAUGCAGAUUGGAACACACAACUUUACGUAAAGUAACUGCGAAUACCGCAAUUUACUAUGAUCCUGAUCCACAAAACACAGUAAUAGCUGAGGAUCAAGAAUUCGUUAACGUUUAUUACGAAAUGCCUGACUUUGAUCCCACAAAAAUUUCGCCGUGGUUACUGCGUAUAGAGUUGGAUCGUAAGAGAAUGACUGAUAAGAAAUUAACUAUGGAGCAGAUUGCUGAAAAAAUCAAUGCUGGUUUUGGUGAUGAUUUGAAUUGUAUCUUCAAUGACGACAACGCCGAGAAACUAGUGUUGCGUAUAAGGAUCAUGAACAAUGAAGAAAGCAAAUUCCAAGACAAUGAGGAGGAGACAGUGGAUAAGAUGGAAGAUGACAUGUUCCUAAGAUGCAUUGAAGCUAAUAUGUUAUCGGACAUGACAUUGCAGGGCAUUGAAGCUAUCGCAAAGGUGUACAUGCAUUUACCACAAACUGAAGCCAAGAAGCGAAUUAUAAUUACAGAGCAAGGAGAGUUCAAAGCCAUAGCUGAAUGGCUGUUAGAAACUGACGGUACUUCUCUAAUGAAGGUAUUGUCUGAACGCGACGUCGAUCCCAUCAGGACAUUCAGUAACGACAUUUGUGAAAUAUUCCAAGUGCUCGGUAUCGAGGCUGUGCGUAAAUCAGUAGAGAAGGAAAUGAACGCUGUGUUGCAGUUCUACGGUCUUUAUGUAAACUAUCGUCAUCUUGCGUUGCUUUGUGACGUAAUGACUGCCAAGGGCCAUCUUAUGGCUAUCACACGUCACGGUAUCAACAGACAAGAUACUGGAGCACUCAUGAGAUGUUCAUUUGAAGAAACCGUGGACGUACUGCUUGAUGCUGCCAGUCACGCGGAAGUAGAUCCUAUGAGAGGUGUAUCGGAGAACAUUAUAAUGGGACAAUUACCAAGAAUGGGUACAGGUUGCUUCGAUUUACUCCUUGACGCUGAGAAAUGUAAACAUGGUAUGGAAAUGGGUGGUCUCGGCGUCGGCGGCGGUGGCGUUGGAAUGUACUUUGGCGUCGGAACUCCGUCUAUGACACCGCUUAUGACGCCGUGGUCCACACAAAACACUCCUGGAUAUGGCAGCAGCGUAUGGUCUCCAGGUCAAGUGGGUAGCAGUAUGACACCUGGUCCAUCGUUCUCACCGUCCGGUGCAUCGGAUGCUUCUGGAUUGUCGCCAGCAUAUAGUAGCGCUUGGUCACCACAACCAGGAUCUCCUGGGUCCCCUGGCCCUCCAUUGUCCCCUUAUACUUCCCCUGCAGGUGCGUCUCCUUCAUAUUCUCCCACAAGUCCUGUAUACGCGCUUGCGACACCGAGUCUUACGCCAACAUCUCCACAUUAUUCUCCUACCAGUCCUUCAUAUUCUCCGACAUCACCAAAUUAUUCGCCGACGUCACCGAUUUAUUCACCGACGUCCCCAAGCUACUCUCCAACAUCGCCAGGUUAUUCUCCGACAUCACCAUCAUACUCGCCGACGUCACCGAGCUACUCGCCGACGUCGCCCAGUUAUUCUCCUACCAGCCCGGCAUAUUCGCCGACGUCCCCAAGUUAUUCGUCAACUUCUCCAAGCUAUUCACCUACAAGUCCGUCGUACUCGCCGACAAGUCCAUCAUAUUCGCCUACAAGUCCAGUGUAUUCACCUUCAUCACCAGGAUAUUCACCGUCAUCACCAAGCUAUUCGCCGACGAGCCCCGUAUACAGUCCGGCAUCUCUCAGCUAUUCACCUUCGUCACCAAACUAUACACCUACUUCUCCAGGCUAUUCUCCCACAAGUCCAACAUAUUCACCUACUUCUCCGACAUACUCGCCGACAACACGCAGCUAUUCGCCCUCACCACAAUAUUCACCAACGUCUCCAAAUUAUUCACCUACGUCACCCUCGGUUUCGGGUGGCAGUCCAAAUUAUUCGCCAAGCCCGCAAUAUUCGCCUACUAGUCCACAAUACUCGCCGGCGAGCAUGGCAUACUCCCCAUCAUCGCCACAGCAUCCAAGCAGUUCUCACUAUUCCCCAUCAUCGCCUAAUUAUUCGCCGUCGUCGCCAAACUAUUCUCCAUCAUCGCCGGGCUACUCUCCUUCAACCAAGUAUUCCCCCACCUCGCCGACGUCACAGACAUACACUCCUACUUCACCGAACUACUCGCCGACGUCACAAGCGUAUUCACCUUCCUCCGCAGGGCCGACCACAUACUCGCCCACUUCACCUACAUAUUCCUCUACUUCACCUGGUUACGAUGAUGGUGACGAUUAGAAGUGUUAGUUACAAUAUAACUAUUAGAUUUUUUGUAAUGUAUUUAAUUUGUGGAAGUAAUAUUGCUUACUUUUGUUUUGUUAGAGUCACAUUAAUUUGUGAACUAUCUAUCCCUUAUUUUUUCAAUUUAUUGUAUUCAAAAACAAAAUCGUUAGGACUAAGUAAAUAUGAUUUUAAUAUGACAUAAAAUAAAUAUGAUACAAUAUAAAAAAAAAAACAAAAAAACUUUACUUUUUUCACUUUACAUUCUUUUCUAUUUGUUUAAAUGAUAUCUACUAUGUGUUUAGUGUAAGAUAUAUAAUAAAAGUCGACUUACUGUACAUUGUAAAUUUAUUACCAUUAAAUAAGUAUAACUACACAA